GGCUGGUCGGCAACCUGGACCAAGGACAGCAAGCGGCGGGAGAGGCGCUGGGUGAAGUACGAUGGCAUCGGGCCCGUGGACGAGACGGGGAUGCCCCUCGCCUCACGCUCGAGCGUCGACAGCCCCCGGGACUGGUACCGCAGCAUGUUCCGGCAGAUCCACCGCAAGCUGCCAGAGCCCGACUGGGACACCCAUUCCUGCCCCACCACGGCGCCUCCAUCGCCCCCCAAACCGCGGAGGAGGGGCUCGGCCCCAGCGGAGCCCCCCGGAAUGCCCAACGGGAUGGACUGGACCCGCUGGGGUGCCACCGGUGCCACCACCGAGCCUGGCAGCAUUUUUGACUAUGAACCAGGGAAGUUCUGUCCACAGGAGCAGAGCCCGGCAGCAGCACGGCCGAAGCGGGCUCAGUCCAUCGAGGUGCUGCUGGAGCAGGAGCUGGAGCAGCUCAGCGAGGAGCUGGAAAAGGACAUGAGGGACAUGGAGACACGCCGGACACCCCGCCAGAGCCCGGCGGCUGCUCCCACCGCUCGCUCCCCUGCUCCGGCCUCCCCGGCUGCUCGGAGCCCUCUGUCACCCCACCGGCUGUGGAGCCCCCCUGUCACCCACCGCUCACCUGCCACCCCCAGCAUGGAGCGGGGUGGGCUGGGGCUGGCCAGUGACUGGAGCCACGCAGCCCCCGGCAGAGACACCCUCAGGCCAGGGACCCUCCCCAGCUUGUCAGACCUGGGGGACCCCGUGGAGGCCGUCAAGAAGGAGGAGAAGAAGAUGAAAGCUGCUCGCCUCAAGUUCAACUUCCAGGCUGAGUCUCCCAAGGAGCUGACGCUGCAGAAGGGGGACAUCGUCUACAUCCACAAGGAGGUGGACAGGAACUGGCUGGAGGGGGAGCACCACGGCCGCGUGGGCAUCUUCCCCUCCAACUACGUGGAGAUCCUGCCGCCCACGGAGGUGCCCAAGCCCAUCAAGGCUCCCACGCUCCAGGUCCUGGAAUACGGUGAGGCGCUGGCGCUCUACAACUUCAGAGGGGAUCUGCACGUGGAGCUCUCCUUUCGCAAGGGCGAGCGGAUCUGCCUGGUGCGGCGAGUGAACGAGAACUGGUACGAGGGGCGGAUCUCGGGCACCAGCCGCCAGGGCAUCUUCCCCGCCACCUACGUCCAGGUGUUGAAGGAGCCGCGGGUCAAAGCCACGGCCGAGGACAUCCCCUCGUCUCCUGCCCCCGCCAGCCCCCGGCUCGUGGCCGGAUCCCCGUCCCUGCAGCGCUCACCCGGUCCCCGCAUCCCCCAGGCUCCCACCGGCUCCCCCCGGGAAGCCAGGAGGGGUCCCGGGGUAGCGGGAGGGCGCCCGUCCUCUCCCCUCCACCUCGGCACCACCUUCCCCCCCUCCCCAAAACUGCUCCACGGCACCCCCAGCCCCUUGGUGGCCUCUGCCAGCCCCCCGCACCCUGCGGCCGCCCACCCCCAGGAGCUCCGGCGUCCCGCCUGGACCCCCGAGCAGCGCGCCACUCCGGGGGCACAAACCGGUGCCCGCCCCGAGCCCGCCCCGUCCUACAACGGCUCCGAGAUCCGGUGGACUCCGUACCGGGCGCUCUACCAGUACCGGCCCCAAAACGCCGACGAGCUGGAGCUGCUGGAAGGGGACAGGGUGGAUGUCAUGCAGCAGUGCGACGAUGGCUGGUUCGUGGGAGUGUCCAGGAGGACGCAGAAAUUCGGCACUUUCCCCGGGAAUUACGUGGCGCCGGUGUGACCCGCGGCCAUGGGGACCCCGGGGGGAGGAGUGGGAUUGGGGGCUUCUCCCUGUUCCGCCUGGGCCACCCUGUGUCCCCUCCGUGUCCCCCC